AGUUCUGAAUUCGCCGGAAUCGGAAGAAAGGAAAGAAAAAAAUGGAUCCAAGGCUUUUCCAGGCAGUGAAAUGGAACGACAGAAGGCGUUUCAGGAAUCUGGUGGACGAGAAUUGGGAAAUUCUGAAGCAGAGAUCAGAAGAGACGGGGAACACGGCGCUGCACUUGGCGGUGAGGCACGGCCGCGUUGACUUCGUGAAGGAGAUCCUGAGGCUGUGGCCGGAAGCUGCGGCGGUGGAGAAUCUGAAGAAUGAGACUCCAUUCCGUAAAGCUUGUAAGGAAGGAUCAGAACCCGAAAUCUUAAUGCUGCUUCUGGAGAUGGAGCCAUGGGUCAGAUCUGAACUCAGCCAUCGAAAUCAGAGCCUGCUGUUCGUGGCCUGCAGCCAUGGUCAAGUGGAUGCUGUCAAGAUCCUUUUGAAACACCCCUGGCUCCACAGUUUAGACGACCACGCAGCUUGUUUUCUUGAGGCUGCCUCUCAGGGAUACUUGGGCUUGGUUAAAGAAAUAUUAGGGAAGUUCCCAAAAGUGGCCGAAAAGGUGGACGAUAACGGCUACUGUGGUCUGCACAAGGCUUGUAUUAGCGACAAUGUGGACGUAGUGAGGUAUCUGUUGGGUCAUCAUCCUCAGCUGGCUCGCCAAUUCAACAACUUUGGCUAUACGCCGUUGCACUUGGUUGCUAUAAACGGCAACACUCCCAUUCUUCAAUUAUUUAUGGACCUUUCUCCACUCUCCUUAUUGGAUCUUACGAAACAGGGAGACCCAAUUCCUCAUCUCACCAUUCGGUAUGACCAAUUCCCUACUUUUCUACACUUGGCUGAAACCUUCCAAACACAUGAAUCAUUCUUCAAUUCUGUUGACCUUCAUGGGAAUACUCUUUUACAUAUUGCAGCACUGUGUGGACGACUUCAGUUUGUAGAAUUCUUGAUCAAUAAAAUGAAGAUGUGGAUAAAUUAUCAGAACACAGAAGGGCUGACAGCCCUUGACAUGCUCAACAACCUUACCGGUAAUGACAGUGAGGAGUUCCAAAUUCUUGAGGACAUGUUAAAAAAUGCCGGCGGAAAGAGAAAAAUAGAACUGACAGAUUCCACAAUUAUUGUUUCAACUAGCGAGAAGGGGGAAUGGAUUCAGGAAUGGAUUAAUUCUUUGGAUCCAAAUUUGUUGGAGGAGGAUCAUUUGCAGAAUAGUAUUGACUUAAAUCAUGAUAAGAAGGAAGAAGAAAAGAAGAUUCAUUCUUUGGAUCCAAAUUUGUUGGAAGAGGAUGAUUUGCAGAAUAUUGACUUAGAUCAUGGUAAGAAGGAAGAAGAAAAGGAGAUCCAUUCUUCGGAUCCAAAUUUGUUGGAGGAGGAUGGUUCGCAGAAGAUCAUUGACUUAGAGCAUGAUAAGAUGAAAAAAGAAAUGAGGAUUCAUUCUUUGGAUCCAAAUUUGUUGUUUGAGAAUCACGGGCGACAGAUCAUUGAAAAUUUGAGGAGAAAUAAUAUUAUCCCUCCUAAGGAGGAACAAGUUGAUCAAGAAGAGAACAAAGAUGGGUCUAUUAUUUCAAUAUCCUUGGAAAUGCAACAGCAUCUCAGCCAAAACUGGCAGGAAGUUAGAAUAAACAAAAUGGAUAAGAAUCGUUCUCGGAGGGAAAAGCAACACGAUAUGUAUAAGGAGGCACUACAAAAUGCAAGAAAUACAGUUACUUUAGUUGCAUCUUUGAUUGCUACAAUUACGUUUUCGGCAGGCACAAGCCCCCCCGGUGGGGUUCACCAAGACGGCCCACUGAUUGGAAAAGCGGUAUUCGCCAAAACAAAAGGCUACGAAGUAUUUAUAAUAAGCAACAGCAUUGCAAUGUCGACAUCUCUAUGCAUCAUGAUGGUUUUAGUGAGUAUCAUCCCUUUUAGAAAAAAGUUAGUGCUGCGACUUCUUAAGAUUACUCAUAAAGUGUUGUGGGUGUCUCUAGCAUUCAUGAUGAUGGCUUUCACGUCGGCCACAUGGCUCACCUUGCCUCAAGAUUUCAAAACAAAUUGGCUUCCGAAUGUGAUAUUAGCAAUGGUGGGAGGGACUAUGGUAACACUUUUCAUUUAUUUGGGAUUAGAGUUGGUAAAGCAUCGAAUGAGAAAGCUCAAGUGGAGAAGAGAGAGAGUCGAGAAGCCAAUUGUUCAUGUUCGUAGUAAUUCCGAUGACAAUUCUGACCAUAAAUCCACGGAUGAUCUAUCGUCUAGUAAAGCUAAGUCAGAAAUAGAACGACGUGAUCUAAGAAAGCUCUAUUCAUUAUCUACUAAUUCCGAUGUUGCCAGCUCUAGAGGCAUAGGUGGCCACGUAUAUUAAAGACAUUUUUGUGAGUGAUUUUAACUGUGAGUGAUUUAAUUAUAAAUAGUUUUGUAAAAUGUUCAAUAAAAAAAUUAUUUUACUUUCGGUUCUACUU